UCGACAGCAGAGCGAGUACUCCGUUGUAUAUCCUACCUGCGUGCAUACAACAUUAUAGCUAUAUAUAGCUCGCUCACCUAGCUCUACACUGCGUGUCUAUAGUGUAUAGCGCAUAGCAUAUAUAGGUGUACAGGUAUAUAUAUAGGUAGUAGUAAGUAGAAGUGUGCUGCUGUAUAGCAUAUAUAGGAUAGAGGAGCUGCUGCAAGGUGUACCAGCAGAGAGCCCCAAGCAUCGAGCAUUGAGGCACUGCUGCGAGUGCAGCACGAUUCACGAAUCGCGAAUCGCGCAUAGCCAGAGCCAACGCUCCAGCAGUGAGCAGUGAGCACAGCCUGUGAAGUGUGAAGAGUAACGAUACGAAUUACCAAGGUAUAUACGGCUACAGUCCACACGCAUUCACACACGCGAAUAUCUCUCCCCUCGCAGCGCAGAGCUCUCGGCAGUCGGCUCGCGCUCGAGACUUCGUCUACUCUGCUGCUGUUGCUCUCUUUUAACUGUCCCGUCCCGUGUGUCCGUCUUCGAUUGUCCGAUAUACAUAGCCAGGCACACUUUCUUCGUCGCUCGUCAUCCGCUGCUCUCGGUGUCUCGAGUCCUUCGAGUCUCGGACACGCACACACGGCCCAGCUGCCUCCGAUCAGGCUGCCCUUCGUCCGUGUCCGAUCGUGUCGUGCUUGCAGUCGACUCCUGCACACCACCUUGCGCCGACGACGUCGUGUGCCGUAUAUCACGCAGUGAUCAUUAUGAGCCGCCUACCCGGUCACCACUGCAAUUGUUAAUUUUGUUCGAGAUCGGUGCUGCCUUCCGAGCCAAACAGCAGUGCUUGCCAGUUGCUUGCGACACUCGAGCGCAUUACCGAAUAUUACGUCUUCGAGGACCAGUUUACGCAACCGAGUCCAACGGCUUGCGGCAACCGGUCGAUUGACCACGACUCUGUGAUCAUACCUCGGUCAUGCCGCCCCGUUGCACCUGUCGCCUUGGGCCACCAGCGCUGGCAGCAACACAGCUGACCGAGAUCUUCGUCGCUCACGCCGAUUCCAUCUUCGUCGGGCACGCUCGUUGAUUCUCCCAAAUCUCUUUGUCGUUGACUUGCACUCUAUCUUCGUCAACUCUCAACCGCUUCACCUCAGGAACAUGGCGGCCUCAACCUCUCACGACCCUAAUUUGGCCGCGACUCCGGACGCUGAAUUCAUCAACGUUCUCAUGAGCAAAGGCAAGCGAAAUACUGCAGCCUACAUACAUGCAGAGUGCAGUAAGGCUGCUCUUGGAAUGCACUCCAAUGCAGCUCUAAAUACUGUCAAAGCCCUCCUGGAAAAAAUUCUUGAUCCUACAAAACCUAUCAGUGAUUGGGAAACCAUCGAUUGGUGCAAAUGGCUCAUGGCUGGUGGAAGUACUUUUGAUGAAUUUGACAGCAUAGUGAAAGAUUAUGAUAAUGCUACAACUUGUGGUCUGGUUUGGACACCUAAUUUUGUGGCGUACAGGUGCCGCACUUGUGGUAUUUCACCAUGCAUGUCCUUAUGUACAAACUGUUUCAAAAAAGGUAAUCAUGAAAAACAUGAUUUCAAUAUGUUUCUAAGUCAAGCUGGUGGAGCUUGCGAUUGUGGAGAUACUUCAGUUAUGAAAGAGUCUGGAUUUUGUGAUAAGCAUGGACCAAAAGCUGCUGUCAAUAAAUCAGCUGCACCGUCUAACCUUAUGUGUGUAGCUGAAGCAAUAAUGCCAAGGAUUAUUUUAAGACUUAUACAAUAUUUAAGAGAAAAUAGCAACAGCAAAACUGGAGCGCCUGACUUCAAAACUGCAAUUCAAGAAGCUGAAGUUUAUUUAAAAAUGCUAGUUGACCUCAAUAACAUGGGAGCUUUAAUGAGACAUGUUAUGACAACCGCUCUUACAAAUCCUCAAAAGUACCGUGGUUUGAUGGACCCUUCUACGUAUGCUGGGGAAUCCCGCUACGAUAUAUAUUGUAGAGAUAGUUAUAAAACUUAUCAAGAUGCUAUCAAAGGUUUACCAAAUCCUGAACCUCCAGAUGAAUACAAAGAGUGCGCAUCUUUGCAAGAGCAACUAGAGCAUAAAACUUUCCUUGAGGAACUUGUAUUUUGGACAGUAGCUUAUGAAUUUCCUCAACAAGUUGUUUGUUUAUUACUAAAUAUGCUGCCAGACCCAGAUUAUAAAGAAGCUCUGACUCGUGCCUUUGUUUUGCACUAUAGUAGAAUUUCUAUGAUGUUGGAAAGGUCCGUUGAUCCUGAUACCUUGAGCAAUCGAGUUGUUCAUGUUAGUGUUCAGUUAUUUAGCAAUGAAAGUUUGGCUGUUAGAAUGGUAGAUCAACUUAAACUUUUACAUGUUAUGGUGAUAAGUUUAAAAUAUAUGAUGAGCAAAAUUUUGAUUCAAAAUGUACUGCAUGAUCAAGAUAAAAAUUUUCAUUAUGUAGUGGAUUGUGGUAGGCAGGUCAUGAAAGAGCACUGCUAUUGGCCUCUUGUAUCUGAUUUAAACAACGUUUUGUCUCACAAACCUGUUGCUCAGCGAUUUAUGUAUGAUGACUCCUUAUUAGAAAUGUGGUUCGAUUUCUUAUCCAUGUUUCAAGGGAUGAACGUUAAUCAAAGAGAAAUGGGUGAACACAUAGAAUUUGAACCUAACACAUACUAUGCAGCCUUUAGUGCAGAAUUAGAAGCAAGUGCUUAUCCAAUGUGGGCUUUAGUUUCACAUCUUCGUAGUCCUUCAAGUGCUCUGCUGACUCGAAGGGUUUUAAGUUUUUGCCAAACUGCACUACAAGACUGGUUAGAUGCUGUUAAUUUCAAUGAUCCCAAAGUGAAUGACAGUUUGCAAGUAUCUUUUCAUUUGCCUCUUCAUCGCUACUAUGCAGUGUUUUUAUGUCAAGCUAUCCGUCAAAAAUGUGCAACCUUGAAUGAACUUUUACCAAGUACUGAGACUCUACACUUAUUAAUGAUGCAUCCUCUUCGUGUACAAGUCGCAUUUUAUGAGAUUCUGAACAAUCUCUGGGUACGAAAUGGAUUGCAAAUACGAGGUCAAGCAAUGACAUACAUACAAUGCAAUUUCUGUAACUCUAUGGUUGAUGCCGACCUAUACUUAUUGCAAAUCUGCGCGACCAGACUACCACCUGAAACGUUUCUCUCUAUUAUCGUUGACAAAUUUCAUGUAAAGGAAUGGAUGAGUUUGAGUCGCUAUCAUGCUCCGAAAAACCAAUAUCUCGAAGGUAACGAUGACAACGUCAUGCUCGAAAGUUGUAUAACUUUUUUGGCUACCUUAGUCAAUGUUCGCACUAAUUUGGGUUUAUCGGACUCUGAAAUGUCGAGUUUGGAAAUGGUCACGUUAUUAUGCAUCGGUGACAAAACUCACAGUCAACUGAUGGAAUUAAUGCCUGAACGUUGUGGUUCAACUCAGAAUCGGGAUUUCGAAUCCGUUCUUGCGGAGGUUGCUGAUUAUCGAGCUCCGAAUCUCGAAGCUAGUGGGAACAUGCAACAAGGCAUGUACGGACCGAAAGCUCAUGUAUGGGAUGAACUUUUUGAUCCGUUGCAUGUAUUGUUACGAGCAGUUCAAAGAAAAGAUUUUCAGAUGUCGAUGGAUCGGUACACCGCUCAUGUAAAGCAAACUGGAAAAUUAAAAGCUAAUGCUACACCGUGGCCACCGUUCCGCCAUCCUUGGCCAGUAGACAAAUACUACGAUGAUCCCUGCAUGAUUCUACAGUCGAAAUUCUUUCACGCUAUGGUGUUCAUCAUACUAUUCAAAGCUGUUAAGCAACAUAAGUUGACCGAACAAUCAAUUGCUCUCACUAUUUACCUGCUCGAAUUGGCAGUAAUGUCCGCUGAAGUUUCCGAUAAAUCGUCUAAUUCGGUGACGCAGUAUCGGCAUAUUGGAUCACAACAUGUCUUCCACGAUAUGGAACUGUCAACUUGGUUCCAGAGUGAUAACUUACCAGAAAAUUUGACAACUCACAUUUCUCGUCUUGUACUGCCACCAGAACCUCGAAGGAGUAGUUCUGAGAGCGAUUUUGACUAUCGCGAACUUCGAUCCAAUAUCCCAGAAGUAACAAUGAUAAACGAUAGUGAAGAAAAUGGAAACACCGUAUUAGCUCUUCCAUCAUCAACUACAGAACCUGGUGAAGUCUCCGAUGAACCAACCACGGAAAAUAAUUUUUCAAAUAACUAUCUAACAACCAACGAUGAUUAUUAUGCAUCAGAAAACGGCGUGCUAGCUUUAGCUAAUGCUGAUAGUGAAGAUGAAGCCAUGCCAGAAUCGCGACCAGAACUACCCUCCCUCGAAGAACCAAGUGCUCUUGUUAUUGCAACUCCAACAUCAUCCAUGUCAAAUGACGAAAUGGAAACUGAGCAACCUGCUCUUCCACCAGCACCUACGCAUCCUGCUGUAACAGCUGGUAAUGAGAUGGUUAUUGUCAACUCAUCUUCGAUCGAAGAUGCAGAUUCAACAACACAAGAAAUAGUACCAUCGACUUCUAAUCCUAAAAAAUAUAAAAGACGAGACCAUCAAGGUGGAUCUGCUCAACCUCAAUUCGUACGAGUUGGUGAAAGUAUAAUUUCUCUUCUGUUGAAACUGCACUCACAAUUAUCAGGAAUCCCUGACAGUUAUAAACCUGAUUCAACACCAGAAUCAGAGAAGAGCGACAGUGGUGAAAUGGAUGGAUCCAAUCAAAAGCAUGAAUCUCGCAUUGGCGAUGGUCCAUUUUUCAUUGGAAAACUUUUAGAUAAAAUUUCCAAAUUGAAUCCAUUAUGUAAAAUUUAUAUAGCAGAGACGAGAAAUCGUCUUUGGCCUCAGAUGCCAGAUUGUGAACAUGAACUUCACGAGAGAGAAGAACGCCGUCGUAGAGCAAGGGAACGUCAACAAAAGCUCAUGGCUGAAUUUGCUAAUAAACAGAAACAAUUCAUGCAAAAAACUAUGGAAUCAGAUGAAGCUGGAACUUCUGGAAUGGACUGGAAUGCCGAAGAAGGACAGACAAAAUUAGUCAGCAAAAAAGAAUAUGAUUGUGUUAUAUGCAAUCAAACUACCCCGAGUAGUGAAGACAAGCCUAUGGGUUUGGUUGUCUUAGUUCAAGCGACGAGUGUAAUUGGACACGAGCGGCAACAAACCGAGCGUGUACAACUUCCAACGUCAGAUGAUGAUCCACCCAUAUUUCAAUUGAAAGAAAAAACUCGCGGAGCACAAUUUGACUUACGGAUAGACGAAUUGUUCCGAUCGUUCGACCAGCAUUCUUGCUUACUCUCCGUGAAUUUGGGUUGGGAUGGUGGUGUACACGUUCAAACCUGUGGUCAUCAUUUACAUUUGGAUUGCCUUAAAUCUUAUUUGGCUUCACUUCGUAGCUCCCAAAGACAUCAAAAUAUAGCUGUAGAUAGAGGCGAAUACAAUUGUCCUUUAUGCAGACAGUUGGCCAAUUCAGUACUACCACUGUCGCCGCAGUUAGGAGAAUGCAGUGCAGUCGUACGUUCUCGUCAUGCAUCUCCUGAACAAAUCAAUCAAGAUGUAUACAACUUUUUAAAAGAAAUUCAACGAAGUCCACAAACUUCCGAAUUAGCUAUUGCAAUAGGUAAAUCAAUGGAAGAUAUGACAGGCUCUACGCAUAUGAAGUAUAAACAAAAGAAUUGGAAUCCUAGUCAUCAAAGUUUAUUCCUAUUUGUUACAUCGGUAGCUCGUACAAAUCUCGAAGUAGAACUUGUUCAGCGAGGGGGUACGCUUUUUAAACCUGUAGAUACUCCCAAGGACCGCCAUGUAUCUUCUCCUGCAAAACAGCGUCCAUGCAUGGUUGCUCUGCUACACGUCCUAGCAGUACAUGCAAGAGUACUAACGACGUGGCCUGUUCACCAGACAUGGCAACAACUUGUUGGUUUACCUUUGGAUGCUGUUCCCUUACUUGCGUUAACACCUUGCGAACGGGAAGUUCCAUUACUUCUAAAAGAUCCAAUUGCUUUACUUAUUCAAUUUGUCUUAUUACUUCCACUACACAUCGACCAAACUUACUUCUCUGUUCUCGUAAAACAAUUGUACAAUUUAUUAUACUAUCAAGUAUUACUUCAAGUUAGUUGCGGAUUAACUCCAGCAGAAAGAAAUGCAAUCAUUGGUCGAAGCAUGUUGAGUGAUAAAACAAGUCCGGCUACAUCGGAAAAUACUCUCAGAACUGUGAUUUCAUAUUUCCGUGAUAGUGAACUUUAUCGUAAUGAUGAUUUAACGCCUACGUCACCUGCAAGUCAUGCAAGAAUAAGAGGACAUGUAAUAGAACAACAGAUUCAAGCUCUCUGUUUGCCUUUUUUGCGAGUGGCAUCAAUUUUGCGUCAUCAUUUGUACGACCAACCUUUGCCGCAAAUACGUUCAUGUGAAACUGAAUUUGUAAGACUUGUGUAUUACUUGGAGUUAGUAACUGAAGGUAUGGACUGGAAUUGUUUUAAUGCAGCUGUAGCAUUGAGUUGGCAUACUGAUGAAGCAGCGCUCACGGUUCCGAAACUUUGGUGUGACCAAAUCGCUGCAUUUGUGACAAAAAGUGAAAUUACUGCUAGAAGCUUAAUAAUGAAUCAGCACUUACUGUGGCAAAUGCCAAAAUUAUUAGGUCUUCCAAGAGAAUAUGAAAAAAUUUUCACCUACUAUCACGAAAAACAGUGCCGACAGUGCCAUUCUACACCUGCAGAAUUAAGUGUAUGCUUGUUGUGCGGUACAAUAGUCUGUUUAAAACAAUCUUGUUGUAAACAAUUAAAUGUCUGUGAAGUUGUACAGCAUUCUAUCGAUUGUGGCGGUGGAACAGGUAUAUUUUUAGUAAUACCAUCAACUUACGUAAUUGUUAUUCGAGGCAAAAGGGCUUGUCUAUGGGGGUCUUUAUAUCUCGAUGAGUUUGCAGAAGAAGACAGAGAUUUAAAACGAGGAAAGCCACUGUACCUAAGUCAAGAUAGGUACCAAUUAUUGGAACAACAGUGGCUUGCUCACAGAUUUGAUCAUACACAGAAAACUUGGGUUUGGCAUCGCGAUGCUCUGUGACCUUCUAAAUUUUUGACAACUAAUGCAACAGGGGUAUAAUAACAUUAAUAAGUUGACCUCAAAAUCUAAACAGUAACCUCAACAUAACAAUAAACAACUUUUUUCGACCCUAUGAAACUAUACUUACUUUGCAGAAAAAUAGUUAGAUUGACUUAUAGUUAUAUCAAUAAGUAUUAGAUGAAGUGAAUUUUUUUUAUUAAAAAAUCGUGUCUAGAAAAGAAUAUUUUUCUAUUUUGUUACACCAAUAUUUUUGAAGUUUAAGAAAAACAAUACAAAUCUGAGCGUUACACAGCUGAGUACGCAACUAGAGGCUAUCAAAUCGGCUUCAAACUCGAAUUUCAUGAAUAAUUACUUCGUUAAAUGAAACGAUCUUGUUUGUUUUCUUACUAACCUUGAAAUAAAUUUUUUUAAUUUACGGUUGAUGUGUAAAAUGAGUCAAUUUUUUAGGAAAGACAAUAUAAUGUUAUUUGAAAACAUUACUAUAAUUUUGAAGUAACAGACUGAUAUCCUAAGUUAACUGUAAAAAUUUUUAAGACCGUUAUAACUUUAAACCUGCAGUAAAAUACUCUUUGAUUAACAUAUCCCAAAAAAUUUGUUAUAACUUACGUAAUAAGUCGUUUUACAAUAAAUACACUUGCUUGAAUAGGAACAAGGGAAGAUGAUCACUGCAAAAAUAAAAUGGGCUGUGUACGUAACCAUAUUGGAUAAAUACCGAAAAUCACAUCUUAAAAAACAAAAACGAUUAGGUUGUAUACUAAUUGUUCAUUACACAUGUUUGGAAAAUAUCCAAUAGAAUAAUAUAAAUAUAUACAUACUUUAUUUUCAAGUAAAGAAAGAACGUCUAUGUCUUUAUAUUUCCAUGUUGUAAAUAUGUAUAGGUGCAGCGACCGCUUCUCAAAAAAAUCGGUCAAUUGUGAAUUAAACUUGUACAUACCUCACAAAGAUAUUUGAAGAAUUUUUUUAUUUAACAGUGUUUUUCGUUUUUAUUUAUAUAUAUUGUGUUUUAUUCACAAAGUUGAUAAUAAAUCUGCUAAACCAUUAAUAAACAUAAGCGUUUCAAUUGUACUACUGUAUUAUUUGUGUUUCAAAAACCCAAAUGAAUAAAACACUAAUGUACCAAAAGUAAAA